AUGCAUCGUCUCCCCGCGCGCUGCCUCGCGCCAGUUCUCCAGCGCGCAGGUGGCGCCUGGGGCUUCCGAGGCUUUUCCACGCUGAAGAAGAUCAGUGAGCUGCCCUCCGUCAAGAAGAAGGAGACAGGAUAUUUCGGUGUCGAGUGGGCCAUCGGCCGCAAGCCGACCGAAAUGAAUUCCAUGGACGUCGAGCUUCCCAAGGAGCCUUUCGACCCCAGGCCGUACAAGGUGCACGUUCGCAAGUAUCCUGGCAUCGUCAGUGGCUUGGGCGCCGAGUACUUCUACCGCGAAGACCAGCGCAACCCACUCACGUACUAUCACCUUCGCUGUCCAGCAGCUGGCGAUACGGUCCUGGUGGGUGCAACCGAUGCACGGGCCGCACAAGCCCGGACCAUCGACAACUACGUCAAGGAGAGGACGCGCGGUUUUGCGGUGCAACUUAUCCUCGAAGGUCGAGGUGUCAAGGCCUACUUCGAGCCCAAGUAUCCCUUCCUCAAGGUCCGGCUUGGUGUGGGCGCGAAAGUCAAGGACCUGACCGAGUACGAGAUGAAGGGUACCGACUUGCCUAUUUCCCGAUGA